AUGGCGACCUUUCUCGAAAGCGCUUACAGCCUGGUGCACCAGGACAACACAGCCGAUGUCCCCUCCGUCUCGGAUCUGCGAAUGCAGCUGGAGAAGGGAACCGACGAGAGCAAGAUUGAUACCAUGAAGCAUAUCUUGACGAUUAUGCUCAAUGGCGACCCUAUGCCCUCCCUUCUCAUGCACAUUAUCCGAUUCGUCAUGCCCUCCAAGUCCAAGCCGCUGAAGAAGCUGCUCUACUUCUACUACGAAAUAUGCCCUAAGCUCGAUUCUAGCGGCAAGCUCAAGCAGGAAAUGAUCUUGGUCUGCAACGGCAUUCGUAACGAUCUGCAGCAUCCUAACGAGUACAUUCGUGGAAACACCCUCCGCUUUCUCUGCAAACUCCGGGAGCCUGAGCUCAUCGAACCCCUUCUCUCCUCGGCCCGGGCCUGUCUUGAAUACCGCCAUGCGUACGUGCGAAAGAACGCCGUGUUUGCCGUAGCGUCCAUUUUCCAGCACUCGCCCUCGCUUAUCCCCGAUGCCUCCGAUCUCAUUGCGACUUUCCUCGAAGGCGAGAGUGACGCCACUUGCAAGCGCAACGCUUUUGCUGCCCUUGCUAGCAUAGAUCAUGACCGGGCCCUCGCCUACCUCAGCCAAGUAUUUGACGGAAUACCCAAUGCAGAGGAGCUUCUUCAGCUCGUUGAGAUUGAAUUUAUCCGAAAGGAUGCUGUCCAAAACUCACAGAACAAGGCCCGUUAUCUGCGUCUCAUUUUCGAUUUGCUCGAGGCUGGCGCUUCCACCGUCGUUUAUGAGGCUGCCUCUUCACUCACUGCCCUCACGAACAACCCUGUCGCUGUCAAGGCCGCCGCUUCCAAGUUCCUCGAACUGAGCAUCAAGGAGCCCGAUAACAACGUCAAGCUUAUUGUCCUUGACCGCGUGGACCAGUUGAGGAGGAGGAAUGAGGGUGUUCUCGACGACCUGGUCAUGGAAAUUCUCCGCGUUCUUUCUAGCACCGAUAUCGAUGUCCGACGAAAGGCCCUUACCCUCGCCAUGGAAAUGGUCUCGAGCAAGAAUGUGGAGGAAGUUGUGCUCCUCCUCAAGAAGGAGCUCUCCAAGACUGUCGAUCAGGAGUAUGAGAAGAAUUCGGAGUACCGCCAACUCCUCAUCCACUCGAUACACCAAUGCGCCAUCAAGUUCUCUGAAGUGGCCGCCAGCGUUGUCGAUCUUCUCAUGGACUUCAUUGCCGACUUCCAGAAUGCCUCUGCCGUCGACGUGAUCAACUUCGUCAAGGAGGUUGUCGAGAAAUUCCCCAAUCUCCGCGCUGCUAUUCUUCCCCGGUUGGUUAGCACUCUGAGCGAGGUCCGAGCCGGCAAGGUUUACAGGGGUAUUCUCUGGAUCAUUGGUGAGUAUUCGCUCGAGGAAAAGAACAUUCGCGAGGCCUGGAAGCAAAUCAGGUCUAGCCUGGGAGAGAUUCCCAUCCUUGCCUCCGAGCAGCGACUCCUCGACAAUGUGGACGUGGACGAGAAGAAGGACGAGGACCAGCUCAACGGCCAUUCCAAGCAAGCUGCUCCCAGCGUCUUCGGUCGCCGCCAAGCUGGAGGCUGUCAAGGCGGCGCAAAAGCCCCUCUUCGACAGCUCAUCCUCGAUGGAGACUACUACCUCGCGACCGUCCUUUCGUCUACCCUCGUGAAGCUCGUCAUGAGGCAUGCCGAGAUCUCGUCCGACAUUUCUCGUACCAACGCCCUCAAGGCCGAGGCCAUGCUGAUCCUUAUUUCCAUCGUCCGCGUUGGCCAGUCCCAAUUCGUCAAGGCCCCCAUCGACGAGGACUCGGUAGAUCGCAUCAUGUCCUGUGUCCGAUCCCUUGCGGAGUUUUCGGCCCACAAGGAGCUCGAGACCGUCUUCCUCGACGACACCAGGAAGGCCUUCCGAGCCAUGGUUCAGGUUGAGGAGAAGAAGCGUGCCGCCAAGGCCGCUGUCGAGAAGGCCAAGACCGCGAUUCAGGUUGACGAUGUGUUCCAGAUUAGGCAACUCGCUAAGAAGAAUUCCGAUUCCGUGGAGCUCAUGGACGCUGACCUCGAGCGGGCUACGGGUGGCGAAGGCGUGUCGGAGGACCUUUCUUCCAAACUCAGCCGCGUCGUUCAGCUUACCGGUUUCUCCGAUCCUGUAUACGCCGAAGCCUACGUAAAGGUCCACCAGUUCGAUAUCGUUCUCGAUGUUCUCCUGGUGAAUCAGACAACCGAGACUCUUCAGAACCUAGCUGUCGAGUUCGCUACUUUGGGCGACCUCAAGGUUGUCGAGAGGCCUACGACGCAGAACCUCGGCCCUCACGACUUCCACAAUGUGCAGUGCACCAUCAAGGUGUCUUCAACGGAUACCGGUGUGAUCUUUGGCAACGUCAUCUACGAAGGUGCUCACUCUACCGAUACCAACGUCGUUAUCCUCAACGACCUUCACGUCGACAUCAUGGACUACAUCCAGCCCGCGACUUGCACGGAGACGCAGUUCCGCACCAUGUGGAACGAGUUUGAAUGGGAGAAUAAGGUCAACAUCAACGCCAAGUGCAAGUCGCUCCGUGACUACCUCGACCAACUUAUGGCGUGCACCAACAUGAACUGCCUCACCCCCGAGGCUAGUAUGAAGGGCGACUGCCAAUUCCUGAGCGCCAAUCUUUACGCUCGCAGCGUGUUUGGUGAGGAUGCUUUGGCCAACUUGAGCAUCGAACAACAGGGUGAGGAUGAGCUUGACGAUCUCGAUCGCCGUGAUCAGCAGGAAGAUAAGGACAGGAAGGACGGCAAUGAUGGCAAGGGAAACGGAGACAAGAAGGGGUCCGGCGGCGAUGGUGACGGCGAUGCCGAGAUGAAGGACGCCGAGCCCGAUGAUGUCCUCGACGAUGAGAUUCUCAACCUUAGCACGCAAGACAUAUUGAUGCGGAAGCGUCUUCUGGAGAACGACUCUAGGAUCAUGAGGAGUGAGCUCCAGCGGUUGACGCACGAGAAGGCUACGAUGAACGAGAAGAUCAAGGACAACUUGGACAAGAUUGCUAACAACAGGCAAUUACCUUACCUUGUCGGAAACGUAGUAGAGCUCCUCGACCUCGAUCCCACAGCAGAGUCAUCUGAAGAGGGUGCUAACAUCGACCUCGACGCUACCCGAGUCGGCAAGUCGGCGGUAAUCAAGACGUCGACGCGACAGACUAUUUUCCUGCCGCUCAUUGGCCUAGUCGACCCGAACAACCUGAAGCCUGGUGAUUUGAUCGGUGUGAACAAGGACUCAUAUCUCAUUCUCGACACCCUACCCGCGGAAUACGAUAGCCGUGUCAAAGCUAUGGAGGUUGAUGAGAAGCCAAAGGAGCAGUACACCGACGUUGGUGGUCUUUCCAAGCAGAUUGAUGAGCUGGUGGAGGCCAUCGUAUGGCCGAUGAAGGAGGCUGAGCGAUUCAAGGCCAUCGGCAUCAAGGCGCCAAAGGGUGCUCUUAUGUACGGUCCUCCAGGUACAGGUAAAACGCUACUUGCGCGUGCCUGCGCCGCUCAAACGGACGCCACCUUCCUCAAGCUUGCUGGUCCUCAACUUGUCCAGAUGUUCAUCGGUGACGGUGCCAAGCUUGUGCGGGACUGCUUUGCUCUAGCCAAAGAGAAGGCCCCCUCAAUCAUUUUCAUUGACGAGUUGGAUGCCGUCGGUACGAAGCGUUUCGACAGCGAGAAGAGUGGUGAUCGAGAAGUGCAGCGAACCAUGUUGGAGCUCCUCAACCAGCUUGACGGUUUCGCCUCGGACGACCGCAUCAAAGUUCUCGCCGCGACGAACCGUGUCGAUGUGCUCGAUCCCGCCCUGUUGCGAUCCGGUCGUCUUGACCGAAAGAUUGAGUUCCCUCUGCCCAACGAGGAGGCUCGUGCUCAGAUUCUCAAGAUCCACUCGAGGAAGAUGCGGACCGAUGAAAGCAUCAACUGGAGUGAAUUGGCGCGCUCGACCGACGAGUUUGGCGGUGCCAUGCUGAAGGCGGUGUGCGUUGAGGCUGGUAUGAUUGCGUUGCGGAUGGGCAAGGAUAAGGUCAGCCACGAGCAUUACGUCGAUGCCAUUGCCGAGGUGCAGUCGAAGAAGAAGGACACUGUCAAUUUCUAUGCCUAA